CGCAUGUCACUUGCAUCACGCAUGCGCGACGAAACUUUCAAAAAAAUAUUCAACCGAUGUGAUUCAGUGAGAGAAGACCGUGUUUCGUACAUUUUCCCGGCGUUUUUGUUCGUAAAGUUUGCACAGAAUUGAAAGAAAAGAAAGUUUAGGGCCUUAUCAUGGACUGGGGCGGCCUCAAAGUCGGCGUCAGCGUGCGAAUCCAGCGCAGUGACGGGCGCAUCCAUGCAGCCAUUGUGAGUGGGUUGAAUGAUGAACAGGAGAGUGUGACAGUAGAAUGGUUCGAGAGGGGAGAGACCAAGGGCAAGGAGAUUGAGGUAGAAAACAUCUUUGCGCUCAAUGCUGCCCUGAAGCCUGCUACACAAGUUGCCCAUGUUGAGGUUCAACAGCCUUCUGCCAAGCCUUCUCGACCGUCAAUGGCAGUACAGCAGGGCCGCAGUAUCACACCGAGGGACCAAGAGUCAAGAAGAACUAUGAGACGAUCCUCUAGUAGAACAGAUUCUCUUCGACGUUCCAGUGCCAAGGCAGUCCCGACUGCGAAAUCACGACCGACCAUCGCACCGCCCGCACAAAAUGGCGACGCGGCUCCAGUUGCCCCCGCCGCGCCGGUGGAGGCUGUGAAGAAACAGGCCAUCCCAGCCUCCCGCCGACGCUCCAACUGUGUUAAGGAGGUGGAGAGGUUGAAGCAGGAUCGCGAGGAGCGACGGAAGAGAAUGGAGGACGAGAAGAAGCGCCGUACGAAUGACCCGGACUAUGAGCCCGGCAACCCCAACUGGGAGUUCCUACAGAUGGUCCGCGCCUUCCGUGCCAACCUGGACAUCAAAACUAUAACUAACGCUGACCCGAUUGAGGACCACCAGAUUUGUGUGUGUGUCAGGAAAAGACCCCUGAAUAAGAAGGAGAUGGCCAAGAAAGAAGUGGACGUCAUCACAACUCCAGACAAACAUAACACAGUGGUCCAUGAGUGUAAACUGAAGGUGGACCUGACCAAAUACUUGGAGAACCACACCUUCCGCUUUGACUAUUCCUUUGACGAUUCGGCUUCAAAUGAAACAGUUUACAGAUACACAGCCAAGCCUUUAGUGGAGACCAUAUUUGAGAGAGGCAUGGCCACCUGUUUUGCCUAUGGACAGACUGGGAGUGGCAAAACCCAUACGAUGGGUGGAGACUUCAAGGGUAAGGACCAGGACACAUCCAAGGGCAUCUAUGCACUCGCUGCUCGUGAUGUCUUCAAGCUGCUAAACUCUGCAGCAUACAAAAACCAAGACCUGAUUGUUGGCUGCAGCUUCUUUGAGAUCUACGGUGGAAAGGUGUUUGACCUGCAGAACAAGAAGCACAAGCUGCGUGUCCUGGAGGACGGGAAACAGCAGGUCCAGGUGGUGGGUCUGACGGAGAAGCAUGUCACCACCGUGGACGACGUCCUCAAACUCAUCACCGAGGGCAACAGGACACGGACAUCCGGUCAGACCUCAGCCAAUCAGCACUCCUCGCGCUCACACGCCGUCUUUCAGAUCAUCCUUCGAAAGAGGGCCACAAGAAAACUGUUUGGAAAGUUUUCUUUGAUUGACUUGGCAGGUAAUGAGAGAGGUGCAGACACCAUCAGUUCUGACCGACAGACUCGCAUGGAGGGAGCUGAGAUCAACAAGAGUUUACUCGCUCUCAAGGAGUGUAUACGAGCCCUGGGCCGGCCUAACUCAGUCCACACACCCUUCCGUGCCAGCAAGCUGACCCAAGUGCUCAGAGACUCUUUCAUCGGGGAGAGGUCGAAGACAUGCAUGAUUGCUAUGAUCUCACCUGGAUCGGCCAGCUGUGAACACACCCUCAACACUCUCAGAUACGCCGACAGGGUUAAGGAGUAUGGCUGCACCCCCCUCCAGGAUUUUGAACGGGAGGCCUCAAACCAGCAUGGCCCUUACGGUCUCCUCAGCCCUGGCUAUGACCUGGGCAGUCCUGAGGUUAAGGAGCUGGGUCCAGGUGACCCGGGUGCCCCCGGACCGUCCCAGGGUCUGUCCGCCAUCCCGGAGAACAGCCGGAACAACAGCCUGUCUCCGCAGAACUCUGACCUGCAGCUGCUGGCCACGCAGAACGAGGGGGAGGUGUCGUUUGAGCUGCUGCACUUCCACGAGGCGCUGCAGGAGCUGCAGGAGAUGGAGGAACAGGUGGUGGAGGACCACAGGAGCGCUGUACAGGAAAUGGAGGAGAUGGUGAUUGUAGAACGAGGCCUGCUGGAGAUGACUGAUGAAGUGGACUAUGAUGUGGAAGCCUACUCAUCCACACUGUCAGACCUGCUGGACAAGAAGAUCCAGAAGUGGUCUGAGCUGAAGCAGAAACUGGACACUUUUCGCAUCAAGAUGAAAGAAGAAGAGAUCGCCAGCAAAAACAUCAAACGGCCCCCUUUGUAAAGAACCUUGAUGACCACACAGAAAAAGAACCCCCUGUUGAUAAAAAUGGUGUGAUCUAAGACCAGACCAUUUCAACAAGACUGGUAGAUUGUUCCAUUCUUGGAAAGGGAUGGCUAGUGCUGCCUUGCCUUGUGCACUGCUUUUUUUCCCCUUAGCAUAGAGCAAGUUGGACCAAGCCAUUUUUGGAUAGGGUAUUUUGAAAGCUGAAAGUGAGCUGCAUUUAGAUAUCUAAUUUCUCCAUCCCAAAUUGUGGUAACAUUGUCCUGAGAGGUCAAAUUCACUUGUCUAACUUGUACUAAACAUGUCAUUCGCAGCUUUCCAUUCAUCUACACAAAGUGAAAUGAUUUAUUUAUUGAUUUAUUCAGUUCAGUGAUUUGUUUCUUACUAAUAAAGUUUUUCUAACCCAAAAUUCUAAAAGAUGUAACAAAACUAUUUACGGUACCACUAUCUAUGUUUACAUGGUGAAUGAUACCUUAAUUAAAAUCUUAUUUUCAUCGCCUUACUUUGUCAGGGGAUGACAUCAGGUGGAAAUGCUGUGCUAGCUGUUGUAUAAAGUAUGUCCAGUUUGUUAGUCUGCAAUAGAGAGUUCUAGCCUUCCAGAAGCUCUUAUUCUUGUCAAACCAAUUUGAAGACAUUUUUUUAGACUUUCGGAAAAAAAACAACGAGUUUGAGGGCACUUAGAUAGGCAAUUUAGUCAAAGUGUUUUUCUCCAUCAGAAUUUUAAACAGAAAUGUCCACUGCAGGUGUCCAUUGCCUGUAUGCCCAAGUUUCUAACUGUAGGGCUCUGUCUGAAGUAAUCAUGGCAAUAAGUUUGUGUUUCUGGGCCUUUUUAGGGGCACAAGAUAUACCUGAUUCAUACUUUGUGGUCAAGCAAUACAUACGCAGUUGGGAUUUGUUGAGUAAACUUCCCCCAGUCUUUCCACCGGAUCACUAGUCUCAAAGUUGGAAAGAGACGGGACGAGCCAUUUGCACAAACUAUUGGUUGACACAGAAAGGAUCCUAUAACAGGCAUACAUGGAAACAGAAAGGUAGUGCUACAUUUCAAUGAUAGUGCCAUCUAUACACUCAUCCGUUUGUGGCAAUUUGUGUUGAGGAAUCUGCAUUGAAAGUAGUUCUCAAGUAUUUUGUGAUAUGCCCUAUAAUUUGCUGUUUAUUUGCCUCUGUGUGUCUGCUUCUGAUGCUGAUUAUGUAUAAAGGAUGCAAGCUCUUGAAUGCACUUCUGUAAAUUCUAGACUUCACUUUGUUACCAUGAAAUGCAAAUGAACUAGGGGAUUGUCAGUAACUUUCUCAAUAUGUUACAGUGUUAACAUGUGUCCUACAUGCCAGCUAUGCAUACUACAAUUCUGCUAUGCUUCUCUGUUCCAAAUGUUCAGAUUUUCUGUGUUACAAAAUGUAUAGAUAUUACAAAAUAAUAACACUCAGUCCUCUAUAAGACUUCCACAAACAAAUCACCCAUGUGCAUCUAAUGACAACCAUGAAAUUGCAGUUAAUCGUAACACAAACAUAGGGUUUUAUCUGCACUGUAAGAAUGACAUUUGAAAACUUUGAUGUGAAAGUUUUCUAAAGUCUGCACAUUUUACACCACUUGUUGUGCCAUGCUUUAUACAAUGCUCACAUGCUUCAAACGAAAUCCGAAUGCUGAGAUCAAACUUCAAAAAUGUGAAAAAAAAUGUGUGAUUGAGGUUCACCCUUAGAUAAAUUUUGGAUCUUACAAUGUGUACAGUUCAUAUGACUUAAAGCAGCAUUAGAAAUACUGCUGAGGGUUUGAUAUAACUUCUAGGGGGGGAUAUACAAGUUACCACAUGUAGGCUGUUUUGCUGCGAUUCAAAUUUGGCUGUGUUUUACGAAGAAUGCACUGUGUAGUAUGUGUUAGCAAUGUUGUGAAGUGAGUACAAUCUUGUAUGGCACUGAAAACUUGGUACUGUGUACCUCUAGCACCCUUUUAGAACUGGGGUGGUUACAAGUAUUCGUAGCCACCUUUGGUUCAAAGUGCCUCAGCUGUUUGUGUGUGAAUUGUGAAUGACGUGUACAAACUUUAUUCAUAUAUUACCGAUGGAAAUUAAUUGCAAAACAAAGUUUUAAUCACUAAGUUAAAAAGAUGAGGAGAAAGAACACUUCUCUCCUCUCAAGUUAUUUACAGGACAGUGAAGAUUGUGUUAUAAAAAUGUUUUUUGCCUAGUUCUUAUGAAGGUAUUCUCAUUCGCUUCUCUGUAACAAUGAAUGGUAGAAUAUCCCUUUCUCAUCUUUUUUCCCUGUAAGUACAAGUUUAUGUCUGAAGUAACAAAACAAGUCAUGUACAGAAAUUGCUAUGUUUAAAAAAACAUUAAAUAUUCUCUACAAUAUUCUUUAAUUUUACCUCUGGAAAAGGGAUAUUUUGCUUCUCAGUUACUUUCAUGGAAAGGCAAAGUACAUGUCACCAAAGCCUCUAUUUACCUGAUUGUUAUGUUUGCACAACUAUUGUAUAUACUUUGUUAUGAAGAAAUAAAGGAUUGCAAGCACUUUU